AAUCAUAACAAUUAUAAUAUAUAAAAGAACAAAGAAAAAAACAAAGAGAGAAAAACUUACAGAAACACAUAUGAAGUUGGCUGCAAUCUUCUUGGCUUCCUCUGUCUUACUCUCCCUUCUUCCAAUCCACCUUUCGCAAGGUGAAGCUGCUGGGGAGAGAAGGCAGUGGUGCCCAUCAAAACAACAAGUGUUCAGAGGUUCAUGCUCAGACGAUGGAGGACAAAAAUGUCUAAAUGACUUAUUAUGGACAUGGAAUCCAAGUGUAAGGCUUAGCCCUAUCUACUGUGAUUGCACUCCUAAACGUCACAACAAGCGUCUCUGCGAUUGUCCUAGUAUGAUUUGCCUCUAAAACACGUCUAUUUAAGAUCCCAAACUGUUGUUCUAUCUUCCUAUGUAUCAUUAAUAAUGUUUCAAUUUCCGAAUGUAACAUACUCCAAAUCAAAAUAAAUGCAGAAACAAGUUUUGUUUCCGGUACCC